CGAAUGUCGGAUUAGUGUUGACAUAUCUUUGAAGGAAAAUCGCUGUGCUUAGAAGAACGAUGAAUACCCAAAAUCAGAGCGAGACCUUGGAUUUCGGAGAAGACCCAGUGACCAGUGUGGAUGCCAAAUUGGCAAUUUUAUCAUUCCCAUACAGCUGGGCAGAAAUAGUUGAGCAAGAAGAGAAGUUCAAGAACGAGAUCUUGGAUUUCGGAGAAAACCCUGUGACCAGUGUGGAAGCCAAAUUGGCCAUUCUAGCAUUCUCUUACAAAUGGGCUGAAAUGGUUGAGCGAGAAGAAAAGUUACAGACCGAGAUCUUGGAUUUCGGAGAGGACCCCGUCACCAGUGUGGAAGCCAAAUUGGCAAUAUUAUCAUUCGGAUACAACUGGGCAGAUAUGGUAGAACAGGAAGAGAAAUCAAAGAAUAACAGAGAUAUACCUAGGCCUCAGGAGUAUCUAGACCAGACAAACUUCAUGACCACUACUGCUGAAGCAGGUGGAUCUUCUACAACAGAACUGGACAAAACUAAGCUAUCUGCAUUUCCAUUGGUGGAAGAAAGCAAAGGCCUGUGUGACUCAAAUGAAGCCAAUGUCUAUAAGGACACAUCAGACGCCAACGUCUUUCCAGAACAAAAAGAUUCUCACCCAUUGCAACUGGGAGGAAAAGACAAACAAGAUGCUGCAGAAGCUAACAGUGAUGCGUCCCGUGCAAAAAUGGCGUCCCGAAUUGACAAUUCUGUGAUACAGUGCAUGAAGAGACUGGUACACAUCUAUGAUGCUAAAACUGGAAUUGUAGUUGGAGAGAUCCAUGCGCAGUACCCUCAACUUGAACAGAAUGGACCGCUAAACAGGGCAGAAUUUGGUUCCACAGUACUGAAAGUGUCAAAGACCGUAGACCUUAAAACCACCACGACGGAUGGGGAAACUGCUUCAUGCAGCACUGAUGGUAGCAAAACGGUUGCAUGCAACAUCAUUAGUGGAACAACUACAAGCAGCAUCGAAAAUCGAACAAAGAAAAUCCGUGGACUGGAAAUCAUUGACACAGAGAUAUCUAUUUUGUCAACAGAGAUAGCUGGGCCCGACAUCCAGGAAUCAAAGAAUCAGGAAACUGACGCAGAAAACGAGUAUUUUACCAAACACCCUCUGAUGCGGCUGUUCCUCUGUGGAGCAUGUAGUUGCACAAAAAAAGGAAAGAGCAAGGGUACAGAGAAACGGGGACUGUUUCAGAGAAUCCGAAAAUUUUUCCACAGGAAUUGAUGAAUAGAACUUUUUAUUGUUUUAUGUG